UUACAUUUGUCUCUGCUCAGACACUUCACUGAGGAGAGAAAAAAGAGAGAAAUAGAGAGAUUCAGAUAAGAAAAAAGAAAAGCUGGACUGGGCAUCUUCUCCUAUUACUGUGUUAGUGUUUGGACCAGAUUGAAGCAGGCACCAGGAGAGUGGCAGCCCUGCAGAGAUAGUGUGCAGUGUGUGUCGUUGCGCCACAGUGAGAGUGUUUUAUCAGAGGAGGAGGCAGAGGAAGGGAGAGAGUUGCCUGUUGUCGUGGUCUCUCCCCUGAGUGGCUAAGGGGUGGCUCUUGGUGACAGGAAACGCAAGGCUUGCAAUGAGACCUGAGCGCUGAGUGGAGUAUGCUGCAGACGAUUUACGAGGGCGAGUCAAGUUUCUCCACAACAGAAAGCCGCGUUGGAAACCAGCAGUUCCCCAACCAGAGCAAGAUGCACAACGUGAACAACUCAGUGGACAUUAAGCCAGACCUGCCCUUGGCUGUGGAGUCUUUAUCUCCGUUGGACCUGCGUACAGAUCUGAGGAUGCUGGGCUCAGGCUCGGACCCGGGACUGUGGGAGAGGCAGCUGCAGCAAGAACUGCUCCUCAUUCAGAAGCAGCAGCAGAUCCAGAAGCAGCUACUAAUCACAGAGUUCCAGAAACAGCAUGAGAAGUUGACCCGUCAGCACCAGGCUCAGCUCCAGGAGCACCUCAAGCUCCAGCACGAGCUCCAGGCCAUGAAGCAGCAGCAGGAACUUGUAGAGAAGGAGCGUCGUCUGGAGCAGCAGCAGCAGAGCCAGCAGGAGAAGGAGCAGGAGAGGCAUCGGCGAGAGCAGCAUGUUUCCAGCCUGAUCCUCAGGGGCAAGGAGCGCUCCAGAGAGAGUCUCACAGGUGCAGUGGCAAGUACUGAGGUGAAACAGAAGCUCCAAGAGUUUCUGUUGAGCAAAUCAGCAAAGGACCCUGGCAGCAAUGGAGUCAAUCCUUCUUUCAUCCACCUCCAAAAACUCUGGUACACGUCCUCUCACCACACAUCACUCGACCAAAGCUCCCCCCCUCUGGGCGGCACAUCCCCCACCUGCCAUUAUACUCUGCCAUCCCACAUGGAGAGCAAGGACGACUUCCCCUUGAGGAAGACAGCCUCUGAGCCCAACCUGAAGGUACGAUCACGACUGAAGCAGAAGGUAGCGGAGAGGAGGAGCAGCCCAAUGCUCAAGAGAAGAGAUGGAAACAUCAUGGCUCCUUACAAGAAGAGGGCUCUGGAGCUAAUGGACUCAACGCCCACUAACAGUGCCCCCGGCUCCGGCCCCAGCUCUCCCAUAGGGGCCUCCAGUGCCUUGGGGGGUGAAAAUGGACCCUCCUCUCUGCCUACCACCACAAAAACUGAGAGAUGGCCUUCACAUCCGAGAUUAUUCCAACCUGAGGGCUCUGUGUCGAUGCUGAACUUAUACACAUCUCCCUCCUUACCCAACAUCUCCUUUGGUCUUUCCACUGCAUCCUCGUCCAUAAGUGCCAUGGGGUUAAAGGACAGAUCAACAGAAAUCAAGCAUGGGCUUCCUGGGCACCUACUGGGCCCCGUGCCCCUUCAGACAGGCCUGGAGACUAAAGUGAGCCCCAGUCACCAGGCCCUCCUCCAACACCUCCUUCAGAAGGAGCAGAUGAGACAGCAGAAGAUCCUCUCCUCUGGCCAAGUCACCAUGUCAUCACACCCUCAGUCCCCUCUGGCCAUGAAGGAUCGCCCCUCCAGCAGUCGGCCUAAACUACCAAAACACCGGCCGUUGAACAGGACCCAGUCGGCGCCACUGCCUCAGAACACACUGGCCCAGCUUGUCAUCCAGCAGCAACACCAGCACUUCCUGGAGAAACAGAAACAGUACCAGCAGCAGAUCCAUAUAAAUAAGCUGCUGUCGAAGUCCAUUGAGCAGUUACGUCAGCCCAGUGCACACCUGCAGGAGUCGGAGGAGGAGCUGGAGGAGCAGCACAGAGAGCCGGUGGAGAGCAUGCAGGAGGACAGGCUGCCCCCUGGAGGAGUCAUCCGGAAGCACACGCUGAGCAGCAGCAGCAGCAGUGGCUCCAGCGGCGAGCUCCCCGACGCUCACUACGGGGUCAUCAGGGUCAAGGAGGAGCCGGCUGAUAGUGAGGAUGAGGGCCUGACCAAUCAGGGCUUAGAGUCAGAGCAGAGUUCCUAUCUCCACCAGGUCAAAGGGCGACUGGUGAUAAGAGCCAUGAUCUGAGAAGGGAAGAGGAUGAGAUCACACACUCUGAACAUUCGCAGAUUAACAGCUCUUACCAACAUGUGCAUCUACACCCCUGCAGUUCACACACACACUCACACAUACAAACGCAUACACACACACACAAACACAUACAAACAGACAGCAGCCAUUGCAUAGUAGGCCAACUCUCACAGCUGCAGCAUAUGACCCUUUUUCACAAAGCUGCAGCCCACACUCUAAGACUCUCUGUUUGUUAUCUUUGUGAAGUGAUCUCUGUAAAAUAUGUACCUUUCACUUUUGUGUAUAUAUUAUGAAAAAGAUUUAGACCCGUUCUUUUUAAGAGCUGAUUUGGUUGUCUACAGUCCGCUCAAACAAAAACGACAAAAAGUCAUAUGUAUAUAUACUGAGGAUUAAGCAUCAAAGAUGAUUUCUAGAAGGUUGAACAGGUGUACAGCUUUCAAAGAGCCAACCCAUUUUCCUACCGUGUACAUUUCUGCCAUAAAACAUUUGAAUGCUCUUCUAUCCACUUAACACUGAGAGUUAUCAUAAAGUUUGUUAAAGUAUUUAACACACUACGUGCUCCACUGUUCUGAAAAACCUGUGAUGAUCUUCAACUUUAAGUGGUCUCAGAACUGUAACAAUAAUGAACAUCUGAGAAUGUAUACUUAAAUCCUAACUGAGGACGCUCCCUCAGGGCAGACUAGGAGUGAUAUUGCCAUUGGAAUAUGGUCGCUGCUCAUAUUGCAAUUUGAAGGAUAAAGCACUAAAUCCCUGCUUGGGUGUGCAGGCAUCUCCCAACACACCCAAGUCUCCAUGUCUCUCUCGGAUCGGUCCCAGAGCCAGGGCCCUGUGUUAAGCCCAGCUCUCUCUCCCUCUGGGUCCAAAUCAAAGCUCGGCGGGUUCCUGCCCAGCUUUCAGCAGAGGAGUCAGACAGAGAGAAAGAGAGAGAGGGCCGGGCAGGAAAUGCCUGCUAGAAGCCAGGAGUUGGAGUGAUUCAUGUGUGCAGGAAUGUUGAGAGAGGAGGACCUAGGGUUGGAGGAGUCCAAGGGGCCAGGCUUGAGAAUUGAUUUACUGUCAAGGCGAAUUACAGAGUGAGUGGGGAUAUGGUUAAGGGAGUCCCUUUUAAAGGGAAUCGCUUCCUUCGUAUUCCCUCGUGGCAUGCUUACCUCAACAUGCAGGUUUGAUGUUACUUCAAUAAAAAAAACCCGGACGGGACCUUGCUUCUUCUUCUUCUUUCUUUUUUUUUCGAACCUGUUUUCCCCUGAAAGUGCCCAUUGCGACAUGUAUAGUCCGUCUUAAAGUGAUCAAUCAAAUGUAUUGCUUAGCCGUAAACCUCCCCGUUUCAUUUGUACCGUCAAACUAAAUGUAAAGAAAAUGCUAGUAUGAGGUUCUUUGAUGGAUUCAUGUGAAAAUCAAAACUGUCUGUCUUAUACUGUACAUUCAGAUUGUCCGGUUUCAAUGUUUUUAGUGUGAGUAAACGCAAUCAGAACAAUGUGAGUCUUGUUGUCUUGCUCCUUUUGAUUUGGUUGUAACGAGAACCCCUUUGCUGCCAGUGGGGGGGGGGAAGGGGGGCUGGGGAAUCCUGUGGUCUGUUCAUAGCAGUUUGCAUUUCUUCUCUUUCUUGCCUUGUGUGAUAAACCUUUCUUUUUCUAAAUAAAGUUAAUUUACCUCGGAA